UUUUUACCACUUUGCAGGCCUUGCUAGUACCAACAUUUUUGUUAGAAAGAUGAAUGAUAGAGAAACUUCAAAAUGUAAGGAUUUGAGGAGUUCUACGCUUGAGUUGGCAAAGGAUUUUGCCAUUGUUAUUGUGCCAGUAAUUUUGGUUUUUACCCAGGUCCUUGCUGAAUGGGUUUAUUUUCUGGCAAUAAUCCUGAUAGUUGUGCUGCUUUUCUGCAUUUCAGCUAAAAGAUCAUGUUUAGGCCAAGCUUUUCUACUCUUAAUACUGAAAUGGGACCACAUCAUUUAUCGUCUUCUAAGAUGAGUAUUUUAUCAUAUCGUGUUUUCAUGGUGUUGGUAACAUGCAUAUGCAUUCUGGCCGUGGACUUCAAAAUUUUUCCUAGACGCUAUGCCAAGACUGAAACCUAUGGCACUGGCUUGAUGGAUCUUGGCGUAGGAUCAUUUGUGGUGGCAAAUUCUUUAGUGUCAAGACAGGCCAGGGGCAUCAUGUUUGUAAACUGGAAGGUAGCUCUUCAGUCUGUAAGUCCAUUAGUAUUGCUUGGUGCUGGUCGUCUUAUUUUCACAGCAGGUGUAGAUUAUCAGGUGCAUGUGGGGGAAUAUGGUGUUCAUUGGAAUUUUUUUUUCACACUAGCAGCAAUAUCUUUAUUAACUUCCAUAUUCCAUAUCCAUCCAAAAUAUUGUGGAAUAUUUGGCUUGGUUAUUCUCAUAGCUUAUCAAAUGAGCCUGAAAUAUGGGUUGAGUAAUUUUUUGCUGUCCAGUGAAAGGGCUUCGGAUAUCAUUAGCCAAAAUAAAGAAGGCCUUUUCAGUAUAUUUGGAUAUUGGGGUAUGUAUCUCAUAGGUGUACAUUUGGGCUUUAGCAUUUUCUUUGUGAAUGGAGCAUCAACUAAAGCUGCAAACAAACAGCAUACACGGAGUAGUGUUUGGAUUCUUUGCAUUAUAUUUUGGUCAUUGACUGUAAUUCUGGACAGAUAUGUGGACAGAGUUUCUCGACGAAUGUGCAACUUGUCAUAUGUCACAUUUGUUCUGGCCCUGAAUUUGCAGGUUUUGUCUGUGCUAAUGCUUUCAGAUUUUGUACCUGUGCAACGACCAUUGUUGCUUGAAGAAGUAUUUAACCAGAAUCUUCUUGGAUCUUUCCUUCUGGCAAAUGUGCUUACUGGCUUGAUAAACUUGAGCAUAGAUACGCUCUCUUCUUCUUCCAUUGCAGCAGUUGGUAUAUUAGUUGGAUAUAUGCUCUUCUUAUUAGCCGCUGUUAGUUUUGUUUGGUUUCACAACGUUAAAUUAAAGUUUUGGUGAAUUGCAUGGCGAGGCUUUGCUUGGGAUGGCUUUCUUGUUGCUUCUUAAAGCAGAUUUUAAUAUAAAAAUUGCACUUUGCUUUACUUUUAUUAAGCCCAAGCAGUCAAGCAGAUAGUAUAA